ACAACAACUCUACGUCUAGUGCCGCAGAGCGCAGACAAGCGGAUGCCGAUCCAAAGCACGAGAAUGUACUGAGAAAGCUGGUCGACACUGAGAUGACAAACACUCCCAACAUUAAAAAACUUGGUCGUCAGCCAAGCCAUCGCCGACCACCUGUAGAGAAAGGGCGAUGGGCUUCCAAGGGAACUAAACCACUGCCUGAACAGCAAUCCAUCAAGUUCAUUAUUGGUGUUAUUAUCACUCAUUUGUGUCGGAAGGUUCUUUUUAUUGAGACAAGAGUAAAAAUUACUCUUUAUUCACUAGCUCUUUUCUUUGGCUCAUUAGUGUUUGAUUUUGUGCCUAUGCCAAGAACAUACAUGUCAUCAAAAGAAAGUAUUUUCAAUGUAUACUUCAUGAAAAUUGGUUGGGCUUGGCUCAUAUUCAUUGUUGGUAGUUUUGUGUACUUGACCAGUGCAACAUAUGGAUGUGGCAAGAGGAAUAUCAUUCAGCAGCAUAUGAUCCGACUCAUCAUAGGCACUGGCAUGUGGGGCUUGAUGACCAAAUGGCUGUUUGUGACUUUAGAACAAGCAACUGGUACAUGCCUAGGAAAAGCUGCAAUUGAUGACAAGUGGCUCUGUGUCACCUCAGGCUUCCAGUGGCAUUCGUUUGAUGUUUCAGGUCAUGCAUUCCUGUUGAUUUACAUGAACCUGGUGACAGUGGAAGAAAAAAAUUCAAGAAUAGGCUGGGGGUCGAGAAGUAGUGGUGCAGAGAAUGGUGCUGGCAGCAGUAGUGCUGAAAGUGGAUCCUGGUCUUCAUCCUCAGGCCAGAAUAAGACUGAGUCUGACCAUUCAUCUGCUGAGACUCCUUUGCGCUCUUUAACCAAUAAUGAGUUCUCUACUUUUAAGGAACACUACGAGGUUUUCACACCGUACAUACGCGUGCUGUUCAUCUGCAUGACGCUGCUGUCGCUGUGGUGCGACGUGCUGCUCGCGUGUACGGUUGUCUACUUCCACACCAUGCCGCAGAAGGUUGUGGGCGGUGCCUGUGCAAUGGCUGCUUGGUACAUCACGUACAGAGUUAUGUUCAAGAAUCAGUGGCCUGGACUGCCUGGUGACGGAGGACUUGUGCGCUACCAAGGCACCAAAGAGAAACCUAAGGAGGUGUCUCAGACCAAGAAAAAACCUGUCAUUCUCACGAAGAACAACCAGCCGGUGCCCAUGUUCAUGGGCAUGCCACUCUACGGUGCCCUCAAGAAAGACGAGAAGACGCCCUCCAACAAGGACACCCCCAGCACUGAUGACGCCUCGCCACCUGCUGCCCCUGACGCUGCAAGACCAAGCGACCGCCCCACCAUCUCCUCCCUCUACAGGAGCUCCAAGCCGUCUAAUGCGUGGCGAUGAACGUCUUCUCUGGCGGUGAACGUCUUGUCUGGCGGUGAACGUCUUGUCUUGUCCAACUGUCGAGCCUUUGGAAUUAUUAAUGUUGAAAACGAUUCUUAUUCAGUUGGUAAAUAAGGAACUUACUUUGCAAGUUUCGAAAAAGGCUUUUAGUGAAAGAGAUUUUAUAGAUCUAUGACAUUGUGGAAUAAACACAUAGGUACUUAUUUGUAAAAAAAUAUUGAUUUUGAAAACGGAUAUUCUUGUUAUAGACAAUUCAACUAUUCAUGAUAGAACUGGUAAGGAUGGUGCUGGUAUUCUCAAAAUAAUGUUAUGUUAUUUAUUGCAUUAGAUUUUAAUGGAUGUUCGUUUAAAAUGGAUGGAAAUUAUUUUCAAAUUGUACAACCAUUUUUGAAGUUUAUUUGUCAUACCUUAAUCUAGUCCUUCACCCUUGUCUAGUCAGUUGUUUUACGCCUAUUUUAGCAUUAUUCCUAGAAUAGGAUAAUACUAGUCAAUUCUGAAACUUAACAGUACAAUUUGACUGGUCGCAAAUCUUUAGUGGUUUAAAAAAACGAAGCCUUUAAGAUAACUCAAGAGCUCAAAUCAAUAUUUCUACCAUUUUUACUGUCAAAUUGUAAUAACGAUACGCUAUACAUAAUUAUUGUUCUAAACUAAGUACUAAUCCUAAGGAUUUGCCUUAACGGAUCUGCGAACUAUAUUUCAAAAGUGAAUGUAUUUCUACUUUUUGUUUAGUAUACCUAUACUCAAGUUUGAUGCUUCCAAAUGCACUUUACUUGUCUCGCUUCAAAAUCAGUUUUUUCUCCGCCUUGCUACAAUUGUAUAUUGUUAUUUCACUUUUUCUGUUGUUACUUGAUAUGUUGUCACAGAUCACAUGAAUGGUCUCAUGUCAAUGAUUGUUGAAAACUUUUCUUUGAGAGUAAUCCAUCUAGUUUAAUUACUUGAUGCAUAUAAUUACCUAGUCAGUUGUUUUGUUAUUCCUCCAUUUUUAUUAUUAUGCCUGUAAUGAACUGUCAACUGACUUAUUUCCCUAACCAUAUUAUUUUACUCUUGUUAUGACAUGAGCUCGAGGUGGCCUAGCGGUUAAGGUCACCAAGAUUGCAACGACGAGUUGGUUGUUCGAAACCCUGUACCAGUUAUGAAAAUUCAGGAGAUCGGAUGGUUAAGAAUCGGCGACAGGCCAACAUGCUCAUUCUACACCGCUAUAAAUGGGGAAUUAUAUAAUAUUAUGUCAACUCUUUAAAGGGGCGCUUAGGCACGCGUCUUCGCUCGUCAAAGGUCCUGUACAAUUUCUCGUUCUUUGGGCAUUUUCCCUGAACACCUCCCCACGCAACUCAAUGUCGUUUGAAUGCGAGUCUCAGAUUUGUGGUCAACAUUUUGUGUGUGCAAAAUUCCUUGCAUUUCCCUUUUGUUUAGCGGUCGUACGGAUGCCCGAUGCACCGUGUAAGCGACCACAUGUCCGAGGGGUUUUGUUUCUGUUGCCGUUCGUACGUCCAUUCUUCGUUCCAAGACUUAUGUGGCUCUUUAGGUGUCUUACGAGGCUCUUUUCUCGCAUGUUGCGCCACGUCAUGUGAGACCUUCUCCCAUUUUAGAGUUUAGAUACGUUUUGAUUGAAGAAAUUGGUUAUGAUUGAUACCUCUUACAUUUCUAGUGAUAUUUAUAUUGACUAACUGAUGUGUUAGCAAACCGCUAUAACAUUUUCCUACUCUUCACUGCUACUGACCAAAAUAACCCCUGCGGCCAAAUCUUUUUGCCGUAUUAUUUCUAUUAAAAAACCUGUUAUUAUGAGCUUGCAUAGAGUUAAUAAAAG